AUGGCCAACAGCGGCGGCACUGGCAGCUUGGGUCCCUGGUGGAAAUCGCUAACGAGCAGCAGGAAAAGCAAGGAAGCCACGGUUGGGGCGCAGCCUCCGGCUCAGCCCGCCUCCGGGGAGCCCGCGCCACCCAGCCCAACCUGGACUAGCAGCUCUCAGGAGAACCUGCACCCCAAUCUCCCUGGGGACGCCGGCGAGUCCCACAAGCCAGACAAAUUAUACGGGGAGAAAUCGGGCAACAGCCGCCGCAAUUUGAAGAUCUCGCGCUCGGGCCGCUUCAAGGAGAAGAGGAAGGUGCGCACUGCGCUGCUACCGGAGGGAGUCAGAUCCUCUGAGGAGGCAGGCGUUCCUGGCGACCCCCAGGAAGAGAAUCAAUAG